AUGGACAUCUCCGACAUCCUCCAAGAUCUUAACCGCGAUCGUGAUCCUUUCGACGACGACGACUAUAAUGACGGACGCCCUUCAGGACAAACUGAUCUCCAGGAUCUAACUCGGGCCUGGGUCAACGAACGCGGCGCCGCAGAACUCCUGCCCUACCCCAAAGACAACCUAAUCGAACGCGCCACCAACCGCAUAAAAGCGCAGAUCGAAAAAGUCGAAGAGAUGACCGGGGACAUGGACCCGAAAACGAACUUCAGCCUCAUCAUAAUCCAAACCGAAGUCGAGCGCUGGAAAUUCAUCAUCCGUUCCAUUCUGCGCGCCCGCAUUGCCAAGAUCGACAAACACACCCUAUACUACCUGUCUACUCCCGAGUUGCAGACGCGUUUGAGCGAGACGGAGGUUGCGUAUGCGACGAGACAUCAGCAGCUGCUGCACGGGCACUAUUUGGGUAGUUUCCUGGGCAGCUUUCCGCCGCAGUUGCAGAACUUGAAUGAUACGGCGGGGGGUAUAUCUAUGAUUGGUGGACCUGAUGAGGAGGGGGGUGUUUUUGUGAGGAGCUUGGGGUCUAGGGAAAUUGGUGGGGAGGGCGUGGUUGUAAGGGGGCGAGGGAGGGAUGGAGAUGGAGAAGUGGAAGUCGCGAGGGGGGAGGUUGUGGUGGCGAGAUGGGCCGAUGUGAAGGAGGCGGUUGAGAAAGGGGAGAUGGAACUUGUCUGA